UUAUGUUUCCAAGUUCCUAGUUUUCCUAUCGAUGCAUUUCCUAUGAUUACGGUAGUAUUUUCACUGGGAAGUACAAUGACAGCAGCUUGACAUUCCUUACAACCGAAGCUGCCCGAAGCCGAAGCGAAUGUGUGGCAGAUGAUACACCUAGCGUAGUUGUGUAAAAUAAUUUUCACGCUUUUUGCAGGGAAUAUAUGCAAUAUUUCAUUAUAUAUCACAAUUACGAUAAUUUAAGCUUAUUUAAAAUAAACACAUUUGUACACUGAGUUCGGUAAAUUAUAUUUUACACAAGUAAUUUAGGGUUUUAUCAGAAAAUUCAUGCUACGUUUCGUAAUACAACAGCGGAACCAAUGUGUACUGUCAUUAGUGUAUCAUCCGCCGCAGUGGACGCACGUUCGUGUUUUAGGUGAGCACACACACAGGCUUGCAAAAAAGAAGCAACCUUCAACGCGUGCGGUUGUCGGUAGUCGUCGUGCUCGAUUCCGGUCCGCCAGUGAAAUGGUUUAAGAAAGGUAAUGAAUGAAAACAAAUCCUUUUAUCAAAAAGCAAUUAGUGAUUUUGUGUGAAUGCAUUUGCUGAAAUGUAGUAAACCUAAGUAAGAAGAAGGUGCUUAGAACAACACAUUCGCAGAAGCGCAAUUUGUGGCAUGUGUGCAUACUCUGUUUUCAUAUGAAUUAUGUUUAAUUUGAUACAAAAAAGUAAGUGUGUUUGGUGUGUGGUUGUGUUGUGUGCGCACGAGCGAAUAAGAUGAUGCUUCAGAGAAGCGAAAGGAGGAAGCUGUCUAUAAAUCGAUUGUGAAUAUUAUCUGCUUUAAAUCUCUGGCGUGGUGUCCGUGGCUUUCGGCGCAAUCUGGGUGUGUUUGAUAGGGAAAGGCGCAAGUGUCCGCGAGCGAGGAAUGCAACUCAUCUGCAUAAUAACAUCGCGGUUAUGCUGCGGGCAUUGCAGCGCUUAUGUUGUGUGUUCUAAUGCAUGUCUUUCGAAUAGUACCACUACAUCGCCAGCACCGCAGUCAGUUCUGAUAGCUGCAGCGACAUGAAGAAGAGCGUGCUGUUGUUACGUUAGUUACGCACACAAACAUCGUUCAAUCGAUGCAUUUAUCUAAUCGGUAGCCAAAAUUUUGCUCCACCAUGUAGUUAUCGUGUGGUGCCGAUACUGUGGUUUCAGUAUAGAAAAUAAAUUGGCAAAAGUCCUCUGCACGUUUCUUCAGUAGGAAAAAAGUCCCAAGUGGUGCGUAUUUUAUUUUGUUCAACAACGAGCAUGCCUUGUUUCCGUCGGGUGGUGGUGAUGCUGAUGAUGUUGAAUGUGGUGGUGUGCGUGUGCAGUGUACAACAUCGAUCGAACGAAUGUCGAAAAGGAGCAUGAGCAGGCCAUGAUGUCGAUUGUGUGUGUGUGUGAGAGAGAGUGUUUUGUUUGUAUGUUGCUACGUGCAAUAGAGCAAGCCAGCAUCCAUCGUACGGUCCUUGUUUCGCUUCUUCAGUGCUCAGUGUUAGCUUAUCCUUUAGGACGAGUGGUGGGUGUGUAUGUGUGUGAUCCUUUUUCGGUCAAUGCGUCGUCAGAAAUCCCAACAUAAUCCGUAAUGUGUUUCACGAUUAGCUUCACGAAUGGGUGAAUUUUUAUAAUGUUUGUGUGUGCCAUGUUGUGCCUCACGCAACCACUGUAACAACAGUAGCGUGUGCAUGAGCGUGAGUGAGAGAUCAAAACAGAAUUAACCGUGAGCCGUAAAGAUAGCCGCCUCGGGAAGUUCACCUUUGGAUGCUUAUUAGUGAUUUGCUAAAUUUUAGAUAAACGGAAAAUGCCAAACUAAAUCCCCACGUUUAAUGGCGUGCUGUGCUAAUGUAGUGUAGUGUGUGCAGUGUACCGUACAGGUAAAAAAAGAAGAGGAAACGAUUGUUCCGCUCGAAUCAAAAUGCAAUUACGUCGUUAUGCAAACACAAGACCCACGCACACACCCAUUCAUGGGCUUGCAUACGCCGAUAAAAACAAACCCCAUAAUUUCGAAGGGUGUUUUUGUUGCUUGGUCCUUCCGAAACAAGAUGACAGAUUGCUAAUAUCCUUGCGAGUGGCGUGUGUUUGCGGAACGCGAAGAAAAGUUGUGCAUGGGGCGGCGAAAUGUCAAAAUCGAUAAAAAAAAAAUAUCGAUCUAAAUUAAAAACAUGCAGCAUCCGAGGAGCAGUUGCAGAGUUUGAACCAAAAAUUGUUCAAGUUCUUGUUUUUUUUCGCCAUAACUACUUUAUCAUCUCCGAACCGCUCAUCAUUAUCGUCGUAUUCAUCGAAUCGAAAGUUGGGGAACGUUUGUAUCACGUGGCAUUUUUUUGUGGUGUGCGUUUUUUUUUGGUAAGCGAAUUCUGCACUCCUGUGCGUUGUGAAGGGUUAUUGCUGUUUCUUACGGCAGUGAAGUGCGUUGAAAUGUGGUUAAAAGCAGUGCUCAAGUGUUCCGGAGCUGUAUGGAUCGAUCAAGUCUUCUUGCUGCACCGUCACGGGUCUUGGUGAGUUGGUCGAAGCAGGCGUCAAGUGUGUGCAAAACUAGUGUGUGUUUUGGGUGGGUGAAAAUUUCAAUCGUGCCACAUUCCACUGUAGAAGAGGAAUAGAAAAAAAGGGUGUAGUUUUAUUUUCUGCUGCAAGCUAGAAAAAUCUUUGUUGAGUUCAGAUUUUACCCCACCGCGGGGGGAGUGAAUGUGCAGUGAAAGAGGGAAAUAAAUUGUGUGUUUGAAGUGUCGCAAAGGUGGCAAAGGUGUGAUAUAUACGAAUAGAGCGAAGGAAGUAAUAGCAGCAGCAGCAGCAGCAGCAAGAUGUCAGCCGAAUCGAUACGAUCGUCCUCACACGGACGUUCGGACGCACUUGUUUCCCGUGGAGGCUUGCUGCUGGUCGGCUACCUCCUGGCGGCGGUAUUCGUCGUCGGUAACCUAUGUGCCUGGCAGGAAAACGUUCGACCCAAGCUCUACGUCACGCUAGCCGACAAGGAGUACCUUCGAUUCCAGGGAAACGAAUCGACGAACGAUUAUUUCAAGCUGGUGCUACGCGAUCCGAACAGCAACAAUCUGCUAGUGGGUGCACGGAACAUCGUCUACAAUCUUAGCAUCUACGAUCUGGUGGAAACGACGCGUCUCUCAUGGUAUUCAUCGGACGACGACAUCAAGAUGUGCAUUGUAAAGGGCAAGGAUGAGGACCUUUGCCAAAACUAUAUCCGGGUGUUGGCAAUACCUGCGCAAGGAUCGCUGCUGAGCUGCGGGACGAACGCGUUUCGACCGAUUUGUCGAACGUACUCUAUCAAUGGUAACAACUACUCGAUGGAGACAGAGAAGCCUGGCCAGGCAAUGUGUCCGUACGAUCCAACCCACAACUCAACCGCUGUGUUCGUAGAUAACGAACUUUACUCGGGCACUGUGGCUGAUUUCAGUGGACUCGACCCUAUUAUCUAUCGUGAACAUCUACAAACAGAGCAAUACGACAGCCUCAGCUUGAACGCGCCCAACUUUGUCGGAUCCUUCACGCAGGGUGACUUCGUGUACUUCUUCUUCCGCGAGACGGCCGUCGAAUUCAUCAACUGUGGCAAGGCUAUCUUCAGUCGUGUGGCUCGUGUGUGCAAAUGGGACAAGGGUGGUCCGAAUCGAUUAAAGAACCGCUGGACGUCUUACUUAAAAUCACGUCUAAACUGUUCCAUGCCGGGUGAUUUUCCGUUCUAUUUCGACGAAAUACAAUCUACCAGCAAUCUCGUUGAAGGCAGAUAUGGACAUGCCAACUCUAAGCUCAUCUACGGUGUAUUUUCUACGGCACCGAACGCAAUUGCAGGAUCAGCAAUAUGUGCAUUUUCGCUACAGGAAAUUUCGGACACGUUCGAGGGUAACUUCAAGGAGCAAAGUGGACUUAACUCGAACUGGUUGCCAGUAAACCCGCUAAAGGUUCCUGAUCCACGGCCCGGCUCGUGCCAUAACGAUUCUCGCACACUGCCCGACCUGACGCUCAACUUCAAAAAGACCCAUUCGCUGAUGGACGAAACCGUGCCCGCAUUUUUCGGCUCCCCCAUCCUGACGCGUGUCAGCACGAUGUAUAGGUUCACUGCAAUUGCUGUUGAUCCACAAAUAAAAACUCCCGGUGGAAAGACAUAUGAUGUUAUCUUUGUUGGUACAGAUCACGGUAAAAUCCUCAAAACGGUUAACGCUGAAUCGGCCGACUCAAACAAGAAGGUAACGUCGGUGGUGAUCGAGGAAAUCGAUGCACUUCAAACGAACGAACCUAUUCGGACGCUGGAAAUCGUUCGCACCACGCAGUACGACACCCCCAAGGACGGCAGUUACGAUGAUGGAAAAUUAAUUAUAGUCACCGAUACGACCGUGCUAGCGAUCAAAUUGCAUCGCUGCAGCAGUGAGAAGAUAACAAGCUGCAGUGAGUGUGUAGCGCUGCAGGAUCCGUACUGUGCCUGGGAUAAAAUUGUGGGCAAGUGUCGGUCACAUGGUGCCCCCCGGUGGUCUGAAGAGAACGUAUUCUACCAGAGCGUGGCCACCGGUGAUCACGCGGCCUGUCCAUCAGGCAAGAUGGCAAAGGAUGCGAACGUUGUCGAACGACAAGGAUACCGAGAUCUUGAGUAUGAUCCACAGCGACCGUUCCGAGAUCAACCGGCGGAUAAGAUCCAGUUCAACUCGGAAAACUAUAACGACAAAGGACCGCAGAUUACACCCGAUCUGAUUAACGCUCAAUAUACGGUCGAGACGCUAGUAAUGGCCGUACUGGCAGGGGCCAUCUUUGCACUGCUGGUCGGUUUCAUUACCGGCUACUUCUGUGGUCGUCGAUGCCAUAAGGACGAGGACGACAAUCUACCAUAUCCGGAUACCGAGUAUGAGUACUUCGAACAGCGCCAGAAUGUUAAUCGGAUACAAGCCGAACCGAAGCUACUACCGCAGGUCGAAGAAGUGACCUACGCCGAGCCUGUACUAUUACCUCAACCGUCUAGUCAGAAUAAGAUGCAGCAUUCGCCAAAAAAUACGUUAAGAAAACCGAUGGGUCAUCAUCAUGGCGUUAACUCGGAAACGUUGUUCCAGUUCCAACCGGACAACUACAAUAAUGCACGAGACAAUUAUCGAGGCCGAGACAACUUCGGCACCCUACGAUCCCAUCAGGGUGAUAAUUAUCGUCGCGGUGACGGAUUUUCAACGACAAGAAGUGUCAAAAAAGUAGGUCCCGACAAAGAAAAAAAAACAAACAUGUUCCCUGGCCCAUUUCUUUUGUAAUAUUAUCAACCCUAAAUCAAAUCAAACCUCACAUAACCCACCCACACACGGUCCGUCACACGGUGCAAAAGAAAAGAUGGAGAACACACAAGUGUUCUCGCAAAAAUAAAAGGGUUUUGAACCCAACUACUGGAAGCGCUACUGUGCCGCUUUCAUUGUUCCGUUGUUCAGUUUUUUUUUCUGUAAUUCAUCCACAACACCUCCUUUCCAUCCACACACGAAUGUCGAAUGAAUUAAGCCGUUUCAAAAUUAAAUCAUCAAGCGCUUUCACUGAUCACAUUUUCAUUCACUAGUUCCAUCUCGAUUUUUGCUCACUUUUCGUUUUUCUUGCAUUGUAUUUGUAUAGUACCAAUAAGCAAAAAAAAACAUACCAGUCCCAUUGUUUUAUUAUAACCCAAUCGUCAUAACAAGCAUUGAUUGCACCGUAUUGGAAAGUGUCCGUAAUCGAAUUUUCAACUCUUGCAAAAUUGUAUGGUUUUAAUUGUGUUGUGCCCGUUGAUUAUGAAGUAUUUCGUUUCAUUCGUCGUCCUUCUUGGGUUGUUUCUUUCUUCGUGGCCAAUGUUUGUGCUCUGUUCUAUUUUCGUUUCGGUAUUGGGCUAUUUGGUGUGGGGGGCUGACGUUAAUUUUCUUUUUCGAAAAAGGGCCACCCUUUUCAUGUUUGUUUUGUGUCGAUGUUGAGCGAGAGAGGGUCAAAAAUGUAAAAAAAACUGAUCCCUUUUAAGCUUGCGGAUCGUUGCUUCGCUUGUCACGAGUGGAAACUCGUUCGCUUUGGAAGAUCUUUUUUUUUAAUUAAUUAUUUUAUUUAUUUUCUGCAUGAUCUGCAAUACACAGAAACAAUAAUUCACUUCAUUUUGCUAAUGCACUUCAAUGUUUUACAUGUUUGAUUACACGGUUUUAAUAUUAUAUUGUACUUUAGAAUCUUUUUUCUUGUUUUAAAAGAAUAGAGAACAAUUUUUAAAUGAUAUAUAAAAUA